UAAGCAGCGGCGGCAGCCUCCAAGAGGAGUAGAGAACAAGGGCAGGCAGCGCGGGUGGCAGGAUGGCGGAGGGCAGCGCCGUGUCGGACCCUCAGCACGCCGCCCGGCUUCUCCGAGCCCUGAGCUCGUUCCGAGAGGAGGCCCGUUUCUGUGACGCGCACCUGGUGCUGGAGGGCGAGGAGAUCCCGGUGCAGAAGAAUAUCCUGGCGGCCGCCUCGCCCUACAUCCGGUUCUUUCCACCUUUAAAAACAAAAUUAAACUAUAAUCCUCCAAAAGAUGAUGGAUCAACUUAUAAAAUUGAACUUGAAGGAAUAUCAGUAAUGGUUAUGAGAGAGAUCCUGGAUUAUAUCUUCAGUGGACAGAUCAGGCUGAAUGAAGACACCAUCCAAGAUGUUGUUCAAGCAGCAGACUUAUUGCUGUUGACAGAUCUUAAAACUCUGUGCUGCGAAUUUUUGGAAGGUUGUAUUGCUGCUGAGAACUGCAUUGGCAUUCGCGACUUUGCACUGCAUUAUUGUUUGCAUCAUGUACAUUAUCUUGCUACGGAAUAUCUGGAGACUCAUUUCCGAGAUGUCAGCAGCACUGAAGAAUUCUUAGAAUUAAAUCCUCAAAAGCUGAAAGAAGUGAUUUCUCUUGAGAAGUUAAAUGUUGGCAAUGAAAGAUAUGUAUUUGAAGCAGUUAUUCGAUGGAUAUCCCAUGAUUCAGAAAUAAGAAAGGUCCACAUGAAGGAUGUUAUGUCAGCUCUAUGGGUUUCAGGGUUAGACUCCAGUUAUUUACGGGAACAGAUGUUGAGUGAACCAUUAGUACGAGAGAUCGUCAAAGAAUGUAGCAAUAUACCACUCAGCCAACCACAACAAGGAGAAGCAAUGCUAGCAUCUUUCAAACCCAGGGGUUAUUCUGAAUGCAUAGUAACUGUUGGUGGUGAAGAAAGAGUUUCAAGGAAACCAACAGCAGUGAUGCGUUGUAUGUGUCCUCUUUAUGACCCUAAUAGGCAGCUCUGGAUUGAACUGGCCCCAUUAAGUAUUCCAAGACUUAACCAUGGAGUACUCUCAGCAGAAGGAUUUUUGUUUGUAUUUGGGGGCCAAGAUGAAAAUAAGGAGGUCCUGAGCUCAGGUGAAAAAUAUGAUCCAGAUUCUAAUUCAUGGAGUGCAUUACCACCAAUGAAUGAGGCAAGACAAAAUUUUGGAAUUGUAGAGAUAGAUGGAAUGCUCUACGUUUUGGGUGGUGAAGAUCGUGAGAAAGAGCUGAUUUCCAUGGAAUGUUAUGAUAUAUAUUCUAAAACCUGGACAAAACAGCCUGAUUUGACCAUGGUUAGAAAGAUUGGCUGCUAUGCAGCUAUGAAAAAGAAAAUCUAUGCAAUGGGGGGAGGAUCAUAUGGAAAACUUUUUGAAUCUGUGGAGUGUUAUGAUCCUAGGACCCAGCAGUGGACUGCUAUUUGUCCAUUAAAAGAAAGGAGAUUUGGGGCAGUAGCUUGCGGAGUUGCCUUGGAACUCUAUGUAUUUGGUGGAGUUAGAAGUCGUGACGAAUCUCAAUCCAAUGAGAUGGUGACAUGCAAGUCAGAAUUCUACCAUGAUGAAUUCAAAAGAUGGAUUUAUCUUAAUGACCAGAAUCUAUGUAUCCCAGCAAGUUCCUCCUUUGUAUAUGGAGCAGUUCCUAUUGGGGCCAGUAUCUAUGUGAUUGGAGAUCUUGAUACAGGUACUAAUUACGACUAUGUUCGUGAGUUUAAAAGAAGCACAGGCACUUGGCACCACACUAAGCCACUCUUUCCAUCAGACCUUCGCAGAACUGGCUGUGCAGCCUUGCGAAUUGCAAAUUGCAAGCUUUUCCGACUACAGCUUCAGCAAGGACUGUUCCGUAUCCGUGUUCCUUCUCCUUGA